UUUGCAUUUUCGCGCGUGAGCUGACUUUUCUUCCUUUCAGUAUCAAAACAAUGACGAUUAUAAACCAUUGAAUUAAUGUUAUAAACCAAACAGUAUGCAACUACAGUCGGUGUUCAAUUAAUUGAGGGGUUUUAAUUUUCUGUCUAACGGUAAUUUAAACAUGUUGGAAACCUAAGGCAUGGACAGAAAUCACUCGAACCUGGGCAGACCACCGCCAAAACUUCGUUACUUCAAAAGUAAUGAAAGACCAUAUCCAUGUCAAACGGCAAAUGUACGCAACAUCGAGGACUGUUUUGAGCUGGAUUCUUCAUCUGAUGCAGGGAGUGAACUGUCUGCACUUUCUCCACUGACCAAGACCCUAUCAGAAGACUCAGAGGUGCUAGGUAUUAUGUUGCUACCAGUAACGGAGACUUCAGAGAGUCCACUGUGCAGUGAGAAGAAUCCAUCAGAGAAUCCAUCUGAAGAGUUUGUCCCAGAGAAGGUAUCAAGCCCACUGGGACUGGCAACAGAAGACAGUGAUGGACAUGGGGAUGGGAGGGCCAGGGCUUCUCCCCUGCUUUUUGAGAUUGAGGGUGAAGUUCCAGAGAGCGGUUCUACAAAGAUUGCACAGUCUAAGACGGAUCAGUUGACCAGAAAGGACUUUGAUGAGUCCAGUGAAAGCGAGUUGGAAUCGCCUCCAAAAAAAAUUGUUUUGGAGAAACGUCCAAAAGUUUCAACUGACUGCAAAGAGAAAAUCAAGGAAUCCUGGGAUUAUGAUUGUGAGCCAUCAACUACACCUGUGAAAUCGAAGGAUUGCCCAAACCUUGGCGAAAUGCAUGGCAACAAUAUUGUAUCUUCUGAGGUCAAGCCAUUAGAAGAAGGAAGAGAAUGUUCAGCAUUUGUCCUAAAACUAAAAGAUACUGGUCGUUCAAAGUCAAUAGGUUUUAGGAAAGAGACCUCACCUGUUCCGGCUUCUCAUUUAGAAGCUGACGAAGACUUUUUGAUAUUGGAAGAUGAAAUUCUGAAAAGUCCGCGUUGGUUUUCUUUUCCAAAGAGGACAGAAUUAAAGAGAAAUAAACUUCCACAUGAAGACAACAGAGAGGCAGUAAAACAUAACAAAGAGGGGAACGCAGCAGAUGAAAACCACAGUUCACCUCAAAAUUCAAAGAAUAAAGAAAAGCACAGUAAGGGGACCAAGUGCAAGAAAACCAAUGCAGUUUGUACUGUCGACCAGAAGACGGAGAGAAAAAGAGUAAAAAGUGCUGAUGAGAGGCCUUUGGACAUCCCUGCCACUGUACAGUCAAAGACCACACAGAACUGUUUGGAAGGUCAGGAAAAUGUGGUUGGUCAUACAGAGAGGGACACUGCAGAUGUUGCAGAGGAAGAUGAUGUUCCUGUUUUGUUGCCUUCAGCUUGUUCAGCAAGCGACUUUGAAAUCAACGAACAAGCGGAUAAGAAAAAUAAGAGGAAUGAGAAGCAAAAAGAAAAAUGCCCAAAGGUAUCCAGGAAGAAACCUGUGAAUCAGAAGAAGGGUGAGGUGGCAGUGCCAUCAAGUAGGCCUGUGACCGAUGUAGCCCCAGAAGGUCAGAAACGGGGCAAGAGGAAGAGACCGAAGCCAGAAGUUCUUGGUCUCCCGGAGGAAUGUGAGAAAAGAGUGGUGAAUGGAGGUGAUGUUGACCUAGGUCAUGAUCCCUCACCUUAUCCAGACCGCCAUCACGCUCCCACACCAGAGAAGAAACAAAAGAAGUCUAAAGAGAAACAAAGGCGUAGACACCUAGAAAGCACUGUAAAUCAUGAGACUGACCGGGUGGACACAUCCCCGAUUAUCUCUGAGAAUGAGACUCAACAGAAAGGUCAUGAACCGGGCAGAAGGCAGAGACAGAAGCCUGGAUCCUGGUGGCUUGUUAACCAAGAGGAACGGGCCGGGAGUGAGAGUCAAAGGGAAGUCCCUGCCUGGCACAAGCAACCCGGAAGAAGAUCUGGCCAGUCUAGACAGUCCGCACACCAGAAUCGUACAAGUUGCGCUCCAAGUCCCUUGCUGGAGAAACAACAGAGGACCGUUCCUCAUAACCAGCUGUGUAAAGAAUCUGAGGGGCUUGUUAAAAGCUCUUUGCAGCUGUCCCGCCAAAAACCCGUGAAGAAACGCACUGCAAAAGUUCUACCAAAACCACACGGGGCUCUGAAAUCAUCUCAAAAAGCUUUUCAAAAGAGUGAUGAUAUCCUGAGUUCUGCAAUGCCCAGGCUUACACCAAGGAAUGUCAGAACCUCUUUAGCCUCUUUUGGUUCCAUUUUCACUUCAGGCGGUGCAAAAACUACUACUGCCAGGCACAGUGCAUCAAGGAAAACAGUUGGCUUACCAAUAGCAGAAUUGCCUUCUUGGGAGGAGCAAUACGUCCCUUCCAGGCCUGGUAGACUUAGUUGUGAUUACUGCCAAGGUGCCGGCGACUACCUAACAAAUGACCAAAAUGCCUGUAUACAGGCACUGGGCACCGAGCCCAGAGAAGGUAUUAGCCCAAAAUAUUUCACUGCAAGAUCUCCCUCUAUGACAACAUAUGGAAAACAGACUGGAGGAAGGAAUCUCGCUGGGGACAAUAGAAGGAUCCUCCAGUUCGAUCAGCUACAGUCUGAAGUUGAUGUUUGUAAAGGCUUUAAAAGUGGCCCAUCCUCAAUGAUUGAAGUCGACGAAAGGACUAUGCCAUCCAGUCAAAACGCUCCCCAUGUUCUGUCAGAGUUUCAAAUGUGUGGAGCACCGCUAAAACCUAUAGCCUUGCAGGUGGAAGACAGAGAGGACCUUGUUAAGUGGCUGAAAAAUGUGUGGUCCUCUCCAGAUGGUGCUGAGAUAAUCACCCCUGAGCACUUCCAGUGGUAUGCAUAUCGAGGAAGAGCCAUGGGAUUCAGGUCUGAUCUGCUCUAUGAGACCUUUUCUAAUGGGAAGAUUCUGCUUGGGUCUUACAUGAACAAGCCUUUGCAGGUGGAUAACAAUGCAAUAUAUGUUUACAACAUACUGACAAGCACUGUUUGUGUGACUAUAAAUGGAGUGAAGAAGGAGCUUUCGUCUGGCGAAACAUUUAUGAUUCCCUGCGGGCAUGCAUAUGGAAUGCGCAAUCUCACAGCAGAGCCUGCUGUGCUUCUGUACCACCGGAUGGUGGCAGAAAGCCCCGACAGCGGGUAGGAAGAAAGGAGUAGGUACAGUAAUGUGCUGGAAAAUGCUGUUUAUUCCAGAAACCUCAUUCUCCCUAUGGUGCCCGUUUGAGGAAAUUUUUUUGUUCAUGGGUGGCAUUCAUUUAAUAGCAGCUUAAAUGCAGCUUCUUGCAGUGUUCUGAAAUAUUAAAAUGGUUUGGCAGUACUUUAAGCAAUUAAAACGAACGCUUCAUUACUGCGAUGCUGUUCGCCGUUGGGUUUUAAAUAGACCCGUACACACUGGCUUAACUGUUUGGAGAGGGAGAGGCAAAUUGAUGAGGUUGUCCUUCUCUGUUUUAUUUGAAAGCCAGUUUGAAUAAUUAAACUUCAGGAUACACAAUAAUCAGUUAUAACAGUUGUGUGUCUUUCAUUUCCAUGUAUGAUAUAUGUUUAAUUCCAAAACAAGCUAAACAUUUUUAGUUCUCUUGGUUAAGCAUAUGAUAAUGGAUAUGGCUUCUGCCCACUCAUGAGGAGAUUUUGUGUAAUGAGCUGUAAAUUACGGGCAAGAAAAUUGAAUACAGUUUGGUUUAGCUUCUCUCAACUUUUACGGUCCCAGGACAACCUAAGUAUGUUCUGUGCUAGUUUGUGGCUUUUAUAUUUGUCUCCCUGUAAAAUUAAUUUUGCCUUUAUUAAUAGGUUAUAGAUUCUGUGGAUGCUAGGUUUUGCCUGAUAGUUGAUAUAUUUUGUUCUGUAAUUCUCUUGACUUUUGGAACAAAAGAAUGGAUACAUAUAAUUUAUACAAUUAAAUGCAAAGGUAUUGGAACAGUGAGACACAUUUUAGUGAAUUGGUGCAGUCUGUCUGCUUAAAUUUGAGGGUAUUUAGGAAUUUCAGCCCUUAUUAUACAUAGUCCACCAUUUUAGGGGAGCAAGAGUAAUGGGAUAAUUCACUGCUCACAUGUUUCUUGGCCAGCUGUAUACCUUUUUGCAUCAUUAGUUCAUGAACGAUAAAAAAAAAGGUUCAGUGUUGAAAACAUUGGGUGUCUCAAUUUUGCAUUUUACUUUACAUUGUAAUAACUUGUGAUUGUGUAAUGUGAUUGCCAUUUUUAUUUUUGUACUUGUGUGAAGUUUCUUAAAGAGACUGUUUAAUAUCCUGCCUUGUAUUUUGUAAUUGUGAUCAUAAACUUGUCAAAACGUC